UCCAGUCUUGCAGACCACCUAUUACAGUGGCAAAUUCAAAAAAAGCAUUACAGAUUAGAGAUUACAGUGGCAGGUGGCUAAAUCCCUAAAUCGGUAAAUACUAAAUUCCUAUUCACUCUUCUCCCCAGCGAGCACUCCGAGCAGGCAGCCGGAGCAGCGAGCCAGCGACGACCGACGAGACUCGAGAGCGACCCAGCGAUGCAGCAGCCCUCCGGUCUCCGGCAACCAGUCCCAGCGACGCAGCCCUCCACUCCGGCAGUGAACCACUGAACCACCAGCCACCACCAGAAUGGACUAGAAAAUCUUGUAGCUGUGUAGUUACAUAUGCAAGGUAGAUGGUUUAUAGAUCUUCAUAACUGACUUUCAUGGCUAAUGGACUUACCUGUACAUCGUCCUUUCCAUGGAUCUGGGUUGUGGAAGCACUUGCAAGCUCCAAUCAAGUAGAUGCAUCUCUUCUAAUUGAUUUGGUUAAGAGGAUUCCAAAAAUUUCUGAUGAUCUUGGAAGAAGUGCAAGGGAGAUGGUCUCCUUUAGGAUUUUGGAAAACUUACUCAUCAAAAACAAUUGGAUCAAGGACGAUUCAUCCUUGUCAGCAGGUCCUAAAAUAAGUUUUGAUCCAUCAGAGAGUUGUGAAGAUGUACUUGGGAAAAUAUUGCAAGAGUUAUCUGCAUCAAAUAUGAAAAUGCCUGGACCACAGGUUCUGAAGUGGGAUAUUCAAUCAUUUGUUACCUAUAAGAGAUCUACCUUGCCACAAUAUGCUUUGCUAAAAAUGAAGGAUAUGAUUGUUAAGGGCACUGAUCCUCGUCUUGCAACCUUGAAGGAAAGAAGUGGUUUGUCAACUAUGAAUCAAUCUGGAAAUGUUACUUCUGUAGAUGGAAUUGCUGUUAAAGGCACUAAAGAGAUGCGUGAAGACAGUAAUUUCAAAUGUCUUGCACAAAAUGUAAACUCGGUAGCUUCUACCCAGGAAAAUAACAACCGGGAAGAAACUUUACCUGAUAGGGACCUGGUGCUUGCCAAGAAGAGAAAGAGUAUUGCUGCUGAUCAUCAAGGAAGAGAGAUCCCUGGAGGGGGAAGCAUUUCAGAGAAUGGUUGUGAUCCUUGUACGGUCACCAAAAAGUGCAAACAGAGUGUUGUUUUUAAUAAAGAUCGUGAACAUAUUAUUGAAUACAUUGGAAGAGAAGGGUGCAGUUUGGAAAAUGAAUCCCAGGCUGGAGCCUUGGAAGAAAGUGGAUCCCCUCUAAGACAGAUCAAUGGUAAUCAACAGCAGCAUGAUUGUAGCAUCAGUGAAAUGCCUCAGGGAACAAAUGCAGGGCGAGGGGUAAAAAAUAUUUGUAUUGAUGCAGCCGGAGAAGUGAAUGGUCAUGCUGAAUUAAGAAAUUCAAAUGAUGCAAAACAUCCUUUAGUUCAACAGGUUUCUCAUGCCGAUGAAACUGAACGAAAUUUUCAGCAUAAUUUGUCAAAUGGUGGACCCAUUAAUGAAAGUAGAGAUAGCAUUGACUGUUUUCAUGGACCUGAUCCAUGUAAUGACAACAAUGAGUAUCAUGAAGAGAGAGUUGAAAUUGCAUCAAAGAAAACUGCAUUCUUGAGCUGUCAAUGCAGGUAUAGUCAAGAUUCAUUUGCAACUACUGAUUUGAGGGAGCUUUGCAUGAAGUGUAAUAGAGGUGGUCAAUUGUUGGUUUGUAGUUCUGAAACCUGCCCAUUAGUGGUCCAUGAUAGCUGUUUGGGUUCUAUUCCCAAUUUUGAGAAGGAUGGAAAGUUCUACUGCCCUUUUUGUGCAUAUUCUCGAGCAAUUUCAGAGCAGAUGAAAUUUAAGAAAAAGGCAUCACUUGCUAGGAAAGAUCUCGCAGCCUUUCUUCGCUUCAGCAUUGAACCACUGAAAAAUGUCUCCACAAGAUCUAGUAGAUCAAACACAAGCCAAUCAAGGCAAGAUGAAGAAUUAUGUGAAAAAGGUGAAGCUAACAGCAGCAGGAAUUCUUUAAGAGAUAACAGUUCACCAGAAUGUAGGGCUAAUACAGAAGAUAAACAACAAGAAAGGCCAUCAGUAUCACCUGCUGAGGGUAGGCCCCCUUCAAAUGAUAAAAGGAUUUCAUCAACCAGUACAGUGCCAGUUAUUUUCGCAAAAGAUCUACAAGAAAACCAGGCUGAGCAAGACACCCUUUCUCCAAGAGGGGGUUAUCAACAAACUAAUGAGACACUUGCUAUUACGAUAUACCGCAAGCCUGUUUUUCCUUUUGGAGAUCCAGAGGUUAGCAACCUGGAUGAGCCUUGUACUGAAGUUGACGUAGAAAAGGCAACUGUGCCUCAACCAGUGACUAGUUUGCAUCAUCAACCUGAAUUGUCCUCAAGUACUGAAGUGGAAGAAAGCUCUGAUGAAGAGAAUGAGAAAUAUGUUGCUUCCAAGUAUUUCAUUAGGUUCAACAGACCAGAGAAGCAAUGUUCCCAUCCAGUCUUCCCCCAAUGGAAACGAAAGAGGGUUCCUUGGACAGAAGAAGAGGAGGAAGCACUGAAGGAGGGAGUGGCAAAAUGUAAAAGCAUCGGCCAAAGAAAUAUAGCAUGGAGGGAGAUUUUGGAAUUUGGAGGUGAUCGUUUCUGGAAAGGCCGGACUCCUAUGGACCUCAAAGAUAAAUGGAGGAAUAUUUGCAAAGGAAGCCCCAAUAAAAGAUGAGUUGUUUACCUCUGUUUAGUACUUUCUUUGCUCUUCCUCCGGUGUCGAUGAAUUAGUACAAACUAGAUGUUUGUCUUGAGAAAUGAGAAUCCGGCUCAGGUCCGAACCCCCAAAAUUUUCCCUUUAGAAACUUCCUUGUAUAUUAUACUUACCAAAAACAGAAGCCUGUGUUAUUCAUUUAUUGCCAUUCAUUUCUUAGGGAGCCUCAGUUGGUAUAAUAUGAGCUGCCUGCAUGAUUCCAAUAUUUGCUCAAGCAUGGUGACCAUUUCAAUGUUCAAUUUCAGCAAAAUGUAAACAUAUACACAUAUAGAUUUAGGCAUGAUUUGAUUUAACAUAUACAAAUAUUUAUUUGUAGUUUAAAGGAGAUGAAAAACACAAAAUAAGUUAGAAUAAGAGAUGCUUCUAAGUUUUUAGUUUCCUAUUUCAGAUUUCCCCAAUAAUUAAGAAAAUCUGCUACUGGGUAACUAUUUGAAGAUCAUCUUGGGUUGAAGUGGGAACUGAAAGAUUAUGCUUCUGCUUGAUUGAUCUGCACCACUCUUCAAUAUGAACUAUCUUCUCAGGAGCUAUGCUGGGAAACUCAUGCUGUUGAAGAAAUCUAAGAAUUCUUUCUGUCUCACCAAAUAGAAGAGCAGCCUGCAGGACACUAGCCUCCCUCUUCUCUAUAGGAACCGAAAA